AUGUUGUAAGAUUUGAUAAAAAGUUAUCUUUUGUGAGAGGAGUGCUACUAGUGGAAGUGCUGUGGUUGGGCAAUGUGAACAGGGCUCUUCCUGUUAGAGACAGAGAAGAGGGGAGUUAGGAAAAUGGGGACAGGCUACUCCACUGAGGCUACUUUCCGUCCCAAAAAGAGAUUUGAACCUGGGACCAUGAAGUUUAAUCUACACAAGCAAGCCAAUGCCUCAUUGAAUUCUGGGAUAGAUUUAAAGGAAGUGGUCAAGCUUCCACCUGGAGAAGACAUGAAUGAUUGGAUCGCAGUACAUGUGGUAGAUUUCUUUAAUAGAAUAAACCUGUUAUAUGGCACUGUGUGUGAGUACUGUACAGAACAGACAUGUCCGACCAUGAGUGGCGGACCCAAAUAUGAAUAUCACUGGUGUGAUGGCCAGACCUACAAGAAACCUACAGCAUUACCCGCCCCUAACUAUAUAGCCUUACUUAUGGAGUGGGUGGAAGCACAGAUCAAUGACGAAAAUAUCUUCCCAGUCAAAGUCGGUGUGCCAUUUCCAAAGACAUUUUUACCAACAGUAAAGAAAGUAUUGUCACGUCUGUUUCGAGUGUUUGUGCAUGUGUACAUCCACCAUUUUGACAAGAUGGUCGCUCUUGGAGCUGAAGCUCAUGUUAACACAUGCUACAAACACUUCUACUAUUUUGUGACGGAAUAUAACCUGGUGGACAAGAAGGAAUUAGAGCCUUUGAGAGACAUGACUGCCAAGAUUUGCCAUUGACCAAAACAGCUGCUUAUUUGACUGACUGAGGGGAGAGCACCCAGUAAAGAAGCAGAGCUCCUGUUUGGAAUAUUGAAUGAACAUGUGCUGAAUUUGCAAUCUGUCAAACAUUCUGAACCUUAUAAUCCAUAUUUACAGGAUUUUCCUAUGUUGGAAAAUUUUAAAAAGUGUUUUUAUUUGAUAUGUCAGGGAUAUGAUGAACACAAAAGUUGCUAAAUUACAGAUAUUGAUGCAUAAAACUUUAUGUUUGCAAUAUGUGCAUUGUUUUGGAUAGUUUUGUUAAGCAAGAGAUGGACUUUUGUGACUUGCAGGAUUGUUUAUUUUUGUUGAACUGAUUUUAAUGAUUUUAAAUAUUUUUUUAAAGUUUUAUAUUUCAUCUUUUCUCAUUACAACCAUACAAUGAUUUCUGUACAGUUUAGUCUCUUAUGUUUUUACUCUUGCCAACCACUGAGAUUUUUGUUCUAAUGACAUAAACAUAGAGCUAGUAAUCAAGAACUUUUAGUGUUUUAGAACAUUUAAAUUAAAAAAAAAAAUAAAUGUUACAAUUAUGAGUUAUAAACUUAUUCGAUUCUGUACAUCUAAUUAAUUUUUACUUUUUAAAUGUAAAAGUGAUCAAAUUUAUAAAAAUAAAUAUAUGAAAAAAGGAAUUUAAACAAAGUAUGUCAAGUUGCUCAAUUUUUUUUAGCAACCUUAUAUUCUUAACUUUUACAUUGAUUAAAAUAAAAAUAUGAUUUGAUUCAUUAUGUGACUGUAGAAAAUGAUACAUGUACAGUAUUUAAAUUGAACAUUAGUUUUUUGCUGUUUUAACUACUGACGAAUCAGUUAAAUUUGUGGGGUAAAUUUUCUUGGAUUUUUUUUGGGGGGGGGGGUUACCUAAUUGUUUACUAUUACAGUACAUGUACUUCGUUGAUUAAUGGAUAUGUCAAUGAAAGGUAUUCAAGAAAUCAACAAAUAAUUAAGCCACACCACACAUUCUUCAAAUAUUUCUUCAGUGUAUCUCAAAGAGUCCAUUCCAAACUGUAUGGAACACAUCAUUGACUCAUACUUCAUGCAUGAUAUUUCAUUAGAAUACCCAUAUUCUGAAUAUGUUUUACUUGUAUUUUCUAGGGUAUAUAACUACAUGUAACUUGAUCCAGUCUUUUUUAUGCUGUUUGAUGGCCAGAACUUUGAUUUUAAGAUUUUUGUAAUAUUUUGAAAGUGCUUAACAUUUGCCUGUUAUUUAUUGUUUAUAUUUAUCUGAAGAUGCUUCUAGGAAUUAAUCUAGAAACAAUAGAGAUGGUAUGUUUGUGAAAAUAGCUUUCUAAAAUCAGGUUAUUUUUUCAUAGUGUAUUAACUUUCAAGUAGCUUGAUUCAUUUCCUUUUAAAUGCUCUGAUGGCCAAAAUAAUUUCAGAUAUUUGCUGUAAAGAAAUACAUAUUUGACAACAUUAUGAUGGAAAAUGUAUUGGAAUGAAGUGUAUACAAUGUAUUGUGAUACCCAGAAUUUUAUUUCUCUAGUCAUUGAAUAAUUCUAAAAUCAAUUUACUCAAUCGAAUUGCAGGCAUAAUUAUGUUAUUUAAAAACAUGACUUUUAUAUUAUUUCUCUCUGUUUCAUUAAUGACUUGUAUGCUCCAGUACAUGUACCUGGUACAUAUACAUUAUAUGUUGAGUCUCUCUCAGGCAGUCUGUGACAAUUCUGAUAAGGAAUUACAUAGUAUUGUAGGUCUAAUUAUUUAAGGGUCUUCUUGAGGAGUGUUUACUAGGGAAUUCUAUCAACUUUUGCUUUUUAUCUAAAACUGGUGUCAUAUUGAAUACAUCGUGAUCUGGUAUCAUCUCUUUUGUACACGAGUCUUUGCAAUUGUCUCAAUGAUAAUAAAUCUUUUACAAAUUAGA